AUGAAAGAGAUCCUGCGUCGUCUCAACGCCAAGCUGAGGACCGCAAUCAGCUGCAAGCAUAUCCGCAAGCUGCGCAAGGACAGAUCAUGUCGCCGAAAGAAGGGGGUAAUCCAGCGAAAUGCCUUCGCUGAUCAUGAUCUCAGCAUCAUUUAUGAAGACAAUGAGCUUCUUGUAUCGUACCCACCACCUUCCGACUGCUCCUCCACGGAGAUCGACUCAACUAGCAAGGUAUCGGUUGAAAAGCCGUACUUCAUGGGAUCCAAUGGCGCCGACGAUCAUCCAGAGAGGAAGCAUAUAACGCACCAAUCGUCCACCAUUACAGCAGCUCGCAUCAGAAACUUACCCACAUUCCUCCUAACAGCACCAGCAAUCCGCUGCAGAAGACAGUCCGACUCUUUCGUUUACAGCCAGCAAGAGUUGUCCAGCGUGAUACAGGAUUACGGCCAAGAGAACGAACAGCUUCAAGCUCGUCACAGCCAUGAUGUUCGAAGCAUGAAGCAGAGAAUAUGCCAUCUUGCUGGAAUCCUGGCAGCUAAAGAGGAGCUGAUGGGGUAG